AGGAGGAGGACGACACAAUGCGUUGCGCCGUGCUCUUGCUGCUCCUCUGCGCGGCGGCGCGCGCUGCCGCCGUCGUCACCGACGGGCUUGUGCCGAACGGCAACUUCGAGUACGGCCCGCCCAAGAAGGACCUGGUGAACGGCACGGUGGUGAAGGGCGGCGACUCGAUCCCCAGCUGGCGGACGUCGGGGUUCGUGGAGUACAUCGAGUCCGGGCACAAACAGGGCGACAUGCUGCUGGUGGUGCCGCAGGGCGCGCACGCGGUGCGCCUCGGCAACGAGGCCUCCAUCACGCAGCGCCUCGCCGUCACGCGGGGCGCCUACUACGCCGUCACCUUCAGCGCCGCGCGCACCUGCGCGCAGGCGGAGGCCAUCAACAUCUCCGUCAGCCCCGAGUCCGGCGUGCUCCCCAUGCAGACCAUCUACGGCAGCAACGGCUGGGAUUCCUACGCCUGGGCAUUCAAGGCCAAGUUCGACGCCGUCGACCUCGUCAUCCACAACCCGGGCGUCGAGGAGGACCCCGCAUGCGGCCCGCUCAUCGACGCCGUCGCCAUCAGGGCGCUCUACCCGCCCACGCUCUCCAAGGGAAACAUGCUCAAGAACGGAGGGUUCGAGGAGGGGCCAUACUUCCUGCCCAACGCGUCCUGGGGCGUGCUCGUGCCGCCGAAUAUCGAGGACGACCACUCGCCGCUCCCCGCCUGGAUGAUCAUGUCCUCCAAGGCCGUCAAGUACGUCGACGCCGCGCACUUCAAGGUCCCCGAGGGGGCGCGCGCUGUCGAGCUGGUCGGCGGCAAGGAGAGCGCGCUCGUGCAGGAGGUGCGCACCGUGCAGGGCUGGACCUACCGCCUCUCCUUCGCCGUCGGGGACGCCGCCGACGGCUGCACGGGGUCCAUGGUCGCCGAGGCAUACGCCGCGCGCGCCACCGUCAAGGUGCCGUACGCCUCCAAGGGCACCGGAGGGUACAAGCGCGCCGUGCUCGAGUUCGCCGCCAUCGGGAGCCGCACCAGGAUCGUGUUCCAGAGCACCUUCUACCACAUGAAGGCCGACGGCACGCUCUGCGGGCCCGUCAUCGACGACGCCAAGCUCGUCCCCCUCCGCAAGAAGACCACCGGCCGCAGGCUCAUGCUAUAAGCUCCAUGGUGUCCGCCGUCAUGCACCACCGGAUCGGAGUCGGUAGUGUGUAUUGGUACUAGGUUUUCUGUGCGCGGGGUAUAAUGUGUGUUCGCGCCUGGUGUCGAUCCGCUGGUUCGUGCACCGUGGUUAUACUUGCGGUUGCACGGGGCGCUUGUUUAAUUUUGUUUCUUUUCAUUGUCAAGAGAGGAGGUGAUGCAUGCUGUGGCUUGGCCCCAGGGCUUACAUAUAUAUAGGCCAAACCAUGAGAUAACAAGGCACUCUCAAUACCAAAUGCAAAGUAUCAGUAACUAUUUUUCUCUUCAGAUAAAGCACAAAGAGAAAAAACCCCAUUUGGUCUA